CGGGACAGCCCAGACUUUUUCUUUUUGAAAGAAAGAGACCAUCUUUUGCAUCUCCGAGUUCACUGCCCUAGGUGUGUCCAACACUGGGGCUGGUCAGGCCCAAGCCAGGAACCCCGGGAUGCAAGGGCCUCAGUUGCUGUCUGUCAGAGUGCGCCUUGGCGGUGCUGGGCUGGACCCCCUGCACAAACCUGGGAUGCUGGUGUCCCAGGGGAGCUGCAGCAAAAGCCAGGCCACUUCACCCCGCCCCUUUCCUGUGUGCCUGCACUUCCCUAGUGGAAGUUGCUAGUUGCCUGCCUGCUGUUUGUGGUCCUUAUUGGCUGAUAAAAGAAAGGAACCAUACAGACUUUUGACUGGCACUGAGUACAUCGUUGGAAGGAAAAACUGUGCUAUUCUAAUUGAAGAUGAUCAGUCAAUCAGUCGAAAUCAUGCAGUGUUAACUGCUAAUUUUGCUGUGACCAACUUGAGUCAAACUGAUGAAAUCCCUGUAUUGACAAUCAAAGAUAAUUCUAAAUAUGGUACCUUUGUUAAUGAGGCAAAAAUGCAAAAUCACCUUCCCCAAACUUUGAAGACAGGGGAUAGAGUCACCUUUGGAGUGUUUGAAAGUAAAUUCAGGGUAGAGUAUGAACAUUUGGUUGCCUGUUCUUCUUGUUUAGAUGUGUCUGGGAAAACUGCUCUAAAUCAAGCUGUGUUGCAACUUGGAGGACUCACUGUGAACAGCUGGACAAAAGAAUGUACUCACCUUGUCAUGAUGUCAGUGAAAGUCACCAUGGAAACGAUUUGUGCACUCAUUUGUGGAUGCCCCAUUGUAAAGCCAGAGUAUUUUACUGAAUUUCUCCAAGCAGUUCAGUCCAAGAAACAGCCUCCACAAAUAGAAAGUUUUUACCCACCUAUUGAUGAACCAGCCAUUGGAAAUAAUAAUAUUGAUCUGUCGGGGCGGCAGGAAAGAAAAGAGAUCUUCAAAGGAAAAACAUUUGUAUUUUUAAAUGCCAAGCAGUAUAAGAAACUAAGUUCAGCAGUUGUCUUUGGAGGUGGAGAAGCUAAGUUGAUAACAGAAGAAAAUGAAGAAGAGGAUAGCUUCUUUUCAGCUCCUGGAACGUGUGUUAUUGAUAUAGCAAUAACCAGUACACAAAUGGUACUUCCUGACUCUCAGAAAAAAUGGAUUCACUCAAUUAUGGAGAUGCUUCAGAGACAGGGUCUUCGACCUAUUCCUGAAGCAGAAAUUGGAUUGGCAGUUAUUUUCAUGACUACAGAGAAUUAUUGUGAUCCUCAGCACCAGCCCAGUUUAGGAGCAAAGACAACGACUCCAGGGCCAAGCCUUUCACAAGCCUUAUUGGUUGAUGAAAAACUAAGGCCAAGUCUCCCAGUGAACACUACAACGUAUGUCGUUGACACAGAGUCAGAGCAAGUAGAUACGUGUAUGGAUUUGAGUGAAAGGCCAAAAGAAAUCCAGAUGUGCAGAUUGGAACAAAAGUCUGUAACACUUGCACAGGAAAGAUCCAUUGUAAAGGAACCUCCCCAAACAGGUUCUCAUAAUCAAGUAUCAAAUACUCUGGAAAGGAAGCAAAUGUCAGACUCUCAAGGUUCACCAACAAAGUUUGCAGGUGAACAUAAAGGUAGAAAAUGGGCUUCUCAGCAGCAGGCUGACUCCAUCAAAAACUACUUUCAACCAUUUCCUAAAAAAAGGGAAAGAGAUGGAGAAGAUCAAGAAAUGUCUUCAUCCAAGUCAGCACGAACAGAAAUGUCUUGUUCUCUUCUAGAACAAACCCAACCUGCCCCAGUCUUAAUAUGGGAAAACACACAGCAGCAUCUAUCUCAGAAUGAGCCUCUUGACAAAGAAACAGAUAACUUGAUUCUAGUGAACAAUUUCAAAUCUGAUGUGAAAAAUUCUGCUCAUCAGUCUCUUUGCCCGGAAAAGCUAAUAACUAAAAAGAGAAAAGAAAUGGAUGAUCGGGCCAUAGAAGAUGAAGUCUUGGAAGAGUUAUUCAAGAACAGAAAACCAGAGUUGGAAAUGCAAGUGAAUGUUCAUAAACAAGAGGACAAUGUCAAUAUGAGAAAAAGGACCAAGAUGGAUCUGGAAACAGGCAGCACUCGCAAUGAUGAAACAGCACUAGAAAGAGACAAAGGAUCUCAAGAAAGUGAAAUUGGGAAGAAGUGUGAUCUCAAGCAAGAAUCACUGUGGUCAGCCAAAGAAGUGUCCAUCAAAGAAGAAGCUUGCAACGAUGAUGAACUUCGGGAAGAUGGCGAGGAGUUUCCAAAGAAGCUGUUACUGACUGAAUUUAGAUCAUUGGUGGUUAUCUCCACUUCCAGAAAUCUGUCGGAUGUAAAUAUUGAUUAUGGUCAACGGAAGAAUUUCAAGAAAUUCAAAAAGGUCACGUUUCCCGGAGCAGGAAAACUGCCACACAUCAUUGGAGGAUCAGAUCUAAUAGCUCAUAAUGCUCGAAAGAAUGCGGAAUUGGAAGAGUGGCUAAGGCAGGAGAUGGAGGUUAAGAGAAGGAGAGACAGAGAAGGAUGUUCUUCCAUCUGCUGGUUCAUUCUCCAAAUGGCCACAACAUCCACAGCUAAGUGAUGUGAAGACAUGGGCCCAAGAACAGGUCUGGAGAUGCAGGAUAUGAUUAGGAAGGUGAUAGGAAGCCAGGUUCUCCAGGGAUUUGCACCUUGUAAGGGUCAGACUCAGUCACUGAAGGGUUUUGGAUGGCAAAUGAAGGGAUCAGAGGCGGGUUUGAGGAAAUGCCCUCAGCACAUGGUUUUUCUGUUUUAAUGUGUUAGAAGCUUGAGGACUUUAGCAUGAAAAGUACUGCCUGGCUGGGGUAGUUCAGCAGCCACUUCAGCAUGCUCAGCUGGGACUAAACGGAAGGAGCCCAUUUGCUGCUGG